AUGGCCGACACGUGUCCCCAUUUGAUUGGCGCGGAACGUGACAUGUGGCAGAAAGAGAGGAGGAUAAAUACAACUGAAAGUCUCCAAUUUCAGCUAUCCUUGCACAACACGCCCUCUUCUAGAAGAUUGCUCGAUACAGUGCAUUUUUUUAAAUGCUACAAGCCCGGCAUCAGAAAAAAUGGCAAACAUGAGGGACAUGGCAGGAUUCUUCAGGGUCGUGAGGGACUGUGGAAUGGAGCACGUCUGUUCCUCGAAAUGUACUUCGCUCUUCACUUGGGGAGUUUUCGAUUCAUCCGCGGAUUGGACCUGCUGUUCAGGGCAGUAGAGGAGAUGAAUGGGGCCCCGGCGGAGUCAGGAGAUGCUAGCCUCGACUCUAUUAUUGAUCCUGAUGGAAUUCAUGUCCUUCAAGGAACAGGAAGUCCUAAUCAGGAGUCGUGGCCACAUCUUGUCGAGGUGAAGCCUUCUACAGAGGUUGUAGUUUACUCGAAUUGGCACCGACCAGAUGGUCGGACUGGCUUGGAACGUGGUGAAACGGAGGGGAUCCUUCGCGAACUCCCAAGAGUAACUUCCUUGUUGAGCCAGCAGCCACACACGAACUUAAUUUUGGUUGUUCGCAUCUUCCUCUUGGAUAGGUGGUGCUUGAUCUUGAUUUCUGGGGGCGAAAAGGAGCUCUUCGAGGAAGAAGAAUGCUGUAUUCUACUUGGUCCAGUUGAGGAGAUCAACACAAUCCGUAAAAAUAUUGAAUUCUUUCUUAUUUGUAUUUUUUUUUUGAAAGGUGACCUUGUUUGGGGAACGACUGGAUGGGAGGAGUACACUCUCACAACACAAACUAAUUCUCUGUUCAAGGUCGAAAACACAAACGUGCCUCUUUCCUACUACGUGGGAAUUCUAGGUCUGCCAGGUAUUACUGCAUAUGGGGGAUUUUUUGACGUUUGUCACCCCAAGAAAGGAGAAAAAGUACUUGCAUCAGCAGCAGCAGGUGCAGUUGGUCAGCUUGUCGGGCAAUUCGCAAAAUUGACAGGUUGCUAUGUUGUUGGAAGUGCUGGAAGCAAAGACAAGGUUGAUCUUUUGAAGAACAAGUUCGGAUUCGAUGAUGCUUUCAAUUAUAAGGAAGAGGUUGACCUCGAUGCUGCACUGAAAAAGUAUUUCCCCGAGGGAAUUGAUAUAUACUUUGAAAAUGUUGGGGGGAAGAUGCUGGAUGCAGUGCUCCAGAAUAUGAACAUGAACGGUCGAAUUUCUGUUCGUGGAAUGAUCUCACAAUACACUUUUGAAAAGCCUGAAGGAGUACACAAUUUGAUGUGGCUCUUUUACAAGCGAAUUACCAUGCGAGGUUUUUCCGCUUUCGAAUUCUAUCACCUCUUAUCAAAGUUUGCUGAAUUUGUGUUGCCUCAGAUCCAAGAAAACAGGCUAAUCUAUGUUGAAGAUAUUGCUGAAGGCCUCGGGAGUGGCCCUGCUGUCCUUGUAGGUCUCUUUAGGGGUCGCAAUGUUGGGAAACAACUUGUCUUGGUUGCUUGUGAGUGA